AUGUUUGGUGAGUACAAGGCUGGUCGCCCGCCUCCGCCAUCUGGGCUCGGCUACCAGUUUGUUGCCCUCCGCCAGCUCAUGGACGAUUUGGGCUUUGUCUCGCUUGCAGUACCGUCUGCAGAGGCCGAUGAUGUCCUCGCCUCACUGGCUGUCCAGACCGCUGCCCGCCUAGUCGACUGUGGUGGCGCGGUGUGGAUCGUGACCGGCGACAAGGACAUGAUGCAGGUGGUGAGCGAUGAGCGCAACAUCGCCCUCUACCACCCGUCCAAGCCCGAGUGGAUCACCGAGACCGAGGUCAUGGACAAGUUUGGCGUUACGCCCGAACUUGUCCCGCACGUCCAGGCCAUUACCGGCGACGCUGUCGACAACAUUGUGGGCGUUCAGGGCGUCGGCCCCAAGACCGCGUCGGCCCUCAUCGCCAAGCACGGCCCGGUUCCCGAGCUGCUCGCCGCCCUCGCUGCGCCGGGCGUGAAGCACACCAAGCGGAGCCUAGCCAUUGUCGACGCCGGCGACCGCAUCACUGCAAACCUCGGCCUCACCACCCUCACGACCGACCUGCCCGAUCUGCCAGACGUGUUCGACUCGAACGCACCACGGACAAAGGCGGAUCUCCUCCAGCACCCGGCCUUUGUCGCGUUUUGCGAGGACCACGGCUUUGCCUCGCUCCUCCGCGCCUCGCGCGCUGCUGCGGUCCAGGGCACCACCACCGAGCCACCUGCCCCGGCGCCGAUGACCAAGCUCGAGACGGCCAAUACUCUCGCGGCCUACCUCGAAAGCGCGGACGGCGCCAUCAGCAUUGUUCCGUACACUGCAGGUUCGGGUCAGCUCAUCGGCUUUGGGCUCGCCACUGUUGACGGCCCGCCGGCGUUUGCGCAGCUUGCUGAUGGCGCUGCCACCGUUGUGGCUCGCUACCUCAUGGCCCGGCCCUCUGGCGCGCCUCCGCUCGUCGCCUUUUGCGCCACCUCGCUCCUUACCCAGCUCGACCAGACCUCGCCGGACGCUCUGGCUCGCAUCGCGCCGACGGCGUUUGACGACGUCUCGCUCAUGUUCUACACCGUCACGCACUGUGCGUCAGCAAAGACCAAGCGGCGCGAGCUCGCCGAUGUCGCCCUCGCCCGACUCGCCGUCUCGAUCCCGCGCGAGCCGCGGAGCGCUGACGAUGCCGCGCUCCAUGCGGCCACUCUCGCGGCGCUUCACGCCGACCUCGGUGAUGCCAUCGCCGAUCCAAGCCGCGAGCGCCUGGCCCACCUCUACGCUACAGUCGACAAGCCGGCCCUCCUCCCGCUCGUCGCCAUGCAGACGCGUGGGAUCCAGGUCGACGCGGCGGCUGUCGCUGCGCUGCUUGCCAGCCUGCAGGACCGUGUCGACGCCGCCAAGGACGCGGUCGUGGCCGCCGCCGAGCUCCCGGCUGACGCGGCCGCCGAGCUCAGCCUCGAAUCGUACCAGCAGGUUGCCAAUCUGGUGUACAACGUGGCCGGCCUUCCCAAGCUCCACGCCAACGCCAGCUCUGUCUCGCGACCAGUGCUGCGCCGGCUGAGCGAGGAGACCGGCUCGCCGCUCCCGCAGCUCAUCUGCGACUAUCGGGCGGCGGCAGCAACCGUGAGUUUGGCGCAGCUCGCCGCCGACUCUGCCAUCGACGCCACCGGCUUGCUCCAUCUUCAGCGUGCGAGCCUGGUCUCGUGCCCAGACGGUCACAUCGACUACGACCCGGCGGUGCUUGUUGGUGCGCUCGACACACUCGCAGCGGAUGUGGUAGUCGGCGACUACGGCGUGGCCCCGCUGGCAUCGGCAGAGCAGGCCAAGCUUGUGGCCGAUGCCCGGAGCCGCGGCUACGUGGAAACGACCACCGGGCGGCGUAUCGAGUGUUCGAUGCACAGUAACGGGGCGGAACUCGCCAGCCUUGCGGCCCGCUCCGUUGCAGCCGACAUCGGCAAGGCGGCGCUCGCCAGCAUCUGGAAGACGUCUGCACUUCCGGCGCUUGCCAUCGUCUCGCAAGCGAGCAUUCCAGCGGCGCACAUUGUUGUAGCGGCCAAUGACAACUCGGCGCAGCUGCUCGACAAGACCGUCCGCUCCGGCGUGGCGGCGCGACUCGGCGUCGAUCUCGUUCCGUGA